CUGCCUGACCCCGGAAGGCGAAAGGCGCCACGUGACCCGGACGUGAUCGGCGUCGCGUGUCGUGGGGGUGUCAUGGCCGCGAGCGCUGCCCCCGCUCUCUGGGGGGAGGUGAAGCGAAGCGGAGAUCCGGGCCGCACGCUCCGGAUCCUCAACAGGAUCUUGCAAGACAGCAAGGAGGACGUGACUGCGCUGCAUUGCAAGGUCGUGUGCCUCAUUCAGCAGGGCAACUUCAAGGAAGCCCUGCACCUUAUCAACAACAACUCCAAGCUUCUGACCGCAGAUGUAAUUGCCUUUGAGAAAGCGUAUUGCGAGUACAGACUGAACAGGAUUGAUGGUGCUCUAAAGACGAUCGAAAGUGCUUCACAACAAACCAACAAGUUAAAAGAACUCCUGGGACAAGUGCUGUAUCGACUGGAGAGGUAUGAGGAUUGUCUAGCGGUGUACCGGGACCUCAUCCGCAAUUCCCAAGAUGACUAUGAUGAAGAGCGAAUGACUAAUUUGUCUGCAGCGUACGCGGCCGUGGCAAUGUGGACAGAUUCUGCUGCGUGUGAUAAUGACUUUGGAUUUGCUGAGGAGAGCUAUGAGCAGUGCUACAAUAUGGCAUGUGCACUGCUUGGUCAAGGGAAGCUGCUGGAAGCGAUGCAAAAACUAGAGAAAGCUCAAGAACUGUGUCGUCAAAGUUUGUCUGAAGAUCCCGACGUCACAGAGGAUGACAUCCAGAUGGAGCUGGCCACCAUCCAUUGCCAAGAGGCAUUCAUUCACCAAAAGCUCGGCCGACACGAUGAAGCUCUACACCUCUACAGCCAGGUGGUCAAAUCGAGGCCCUCGGACAUUGGACUUCUUGCUGUCGCAGCAAACAACAUUGUUACUAUUAACAAGGAUCAAAAUGUUUUUGACUCGAAAAAGAAGAUCAAGCUAACUCUGGCUGAAGGUGUGGAGAACAAACUGACCAAGCUUCAGCUCCAGGCUCUCAGCUUUAACCGUGCCCUCCUGUGCAUGCACACCAGCCAGGUGGAACAGUGCCAGAAGAUGGUGUUGUCUCUAAAGAAUCAAUGGCCAGACCAUCCGCUGCCCCCACUGAUCUUGGCUGCUCAGUAUGUCAGAGAAAAAAAGCAAGAAAAGGCCAUACAGGCUCUGGAGGACUUUUGUAAUCAACAUGGCGAUUCUAUUCCUGAAAUUGAGUUUACUAUCGCUCAACUCUACCUUUGUCAAGGACACUUUGCCAAGGCUUGUGAAAAGUUGAAAUCCAUCGAAAAGUUCCGGUUUUGCCCUGGAAUUGUCUCGGCUCUCGUGACGUUGCAUACACAUGAGGAGAAUAUCGAUGAGGCCAUCGACAUUUUAAACGGGGCCAUCGAUUGGUACAAGAAGCAUGAGCCUCACUCCACUGUGCAUCUGCGACUCAUGAGAGAAGCCGCCCAGUUCAAGCUAAGACACGGGCGCCAGAAGGAUGCUGUGAAUGACUUGGAACAGCUGUGGAGGCAGGACCCCCUGGAUGUGAAGAACCUUGCUCAGCUCAUCUCUGCCUAUUCUCAAGUUGAUGCUCGCAAAGCCAAGGAGCUGAGCCAACACCUGCCAGCGGUGGAUGCCACCGCGCUGCACGUAGAUGUGGAUGCCUUGGAGAGUCCGCACGGCUUGGCAUUUGUGCGCCGCAAGGCAGUCCGGCAAGCAAUAACAGCAGCAGCAGAAACUCAGAAGCAGCAUGUCAAGGAGCAGAGACAAGGAGAUUUGAAGAAAAAGAAAAAGAAGAAAGGAAAGCUUCCUAAAAACUGCGAGGAGUUGACAGAAGGUGGGCCGGACCCUGAGCGCUGGCUGCCCAUGCGGGAGCGCUCCUACUACCGGGGCCGCAAAAAGAGCAAGAAGAAGGAUGGAGCGGUGGGCCGCGGCACACAGGGCGCCACCGCCGGAGCCAUGGCCGAGUUGGAUGCAAGCAAGAGGCUGGCAAGUCCCCCCGCCUCCCCGCAACCUGGAGCUGCCUCUUCGGCAAGUGAACCCGUGCCUCCAAGGCAACAAAAACCCACGGCAGCCGCUGCCGCGGCUACUGCAAGCAAGAAAAAGGCCAAAAAGAAGAAGGGCAAAAGUAACUGGUGAAUGGCACGUCAGCAAAGCUAUUUGUGUUCAAUAAUACCACAUGGGUCAACUUUUACAACUCAUUUAAGUGUGGCCUUUAUUUCAGGGGGGGGUCACAAAAUGUCCACUAAUUGUGUGUAAUUUGAGUUCCAGCUCCAGCGAGUGGUAAAAUUUACCAUUUUGGAAAAUAUUUAAUGCUGCAUUUGAUAAAAGAUAAUCAAACGUAACAACUUUUGAAAGUAAGUCAGUAGAAUGUGUUAACACUGGCGCAACCCUGUUGGGGCCAGUGUCAUAACCAGAUCAUGUGUACCAAGAACAUUUCACAGCUGCAUCCAAAUCCCAUCGAAAAUAAUAAAAAGGCAUUUGACCAGUGUGCCAAA